AUGCUUCCGCCCAAUAUCGAUGAUGCAUUGACCUCCAGUGAUGUCAUUGUGCGUGAAGGCGAUAAUGUCACCCUGCGUUGCAAGGCGAAAGGUAGUCCCGAACCAUCGAUACGAUGGAAACGUGAUGAUGGUUUGAAAAUUGUCCUCAAUAAAAGUACGGAAGUUAGCGAAGUCGAAGGUGAAUCUCUGGAAUUGGAACGUAUCUCACGUCUCCAUAUGGGUGCCUAUUUGUGCAUAGCCACCAAUGGUGUACCACCCAGUGUCUCGAAACGAAUUAAAGUUAGCGUUGACUUCUCCCCCAUGGUGUGGAUACCCCAUCAAUUAGUUGGCAUACCAAUGUAUUUCAAUAUAACGCUGGAAUGUUUUAUUGAGGCGAAUCCGACAUCGUUGAACUACUGGACGAGAGAGACGGAUCAAAUGAUCACCGAUUCACAUAAAUAUAAGUGA